AGUCAAGACAAGUCAAAUACCAGCCCUCUCUGUGCACACAGGGAAGCUUAGAGAAGUUUAGGCUGGCAGGACCUCUGCAGGUCCUUUCCCACCACCCCCACCUGAGCACUCAGAUCAGAGCAUUUGAACUCACACAGGGAUGCCAAAGGCUUUAUCAAGCUUAGUUUUGAAAUUCUGCCCCAUUCCAUCCUUGAAUCUAUUCAAACCUUACUAGACACACUCCUGGACCAACUGUUCUGGUUGGCCCUGCUUGGAUCAGGGAGAUUAGAGUAUGAGACUUCCAGAGGUGCUUUAUGACCUCAACCUCUUUUGGAGCCCAGGGUGUUUCUGGACACCCUGUUAGCCCACUAAGGGGGGCCUGCUCCCCUUGAGUUAGACCUGCAGCACAAAUACUUCUGUUCUAUAUGACUGAUGAAGACUAUCUGAAAUUAGUCUUAGGAGCCACAGGAUGUACGAUAUAAAAAUUAAUCUUUGACAGGCAAUGCUAAUAAAGGAAAAAGAUGAGAAGCAGCUUCUCCUGUCCUCUCUUGUCUCUGCCCAUCAUCAAUGCCAGUGAGAUGUCUUAUCAACACUCAGCUGAUGAUGAUUCGAGGUUAAACCUGGAGAGGUUGGGCAGCCUCAGAAGCACCUCCCUGCUCCAGUUCCUGCCAGAGCUCCUGGGCACACUGGCUGAGGACAACAAAGCAGGUCUUACCCCCAGCAACUACAACCCAGAGGAAAAUAUCAAAGAGACUUUCUAUGGGAAUCAUCCUCGAAUUGCUUUACUGGGACGCUUCUUGACCAAGGACAGGAAACAGUACAAGAAACGUGGGAAUCUUUCUGAGUGCUUCUGGAAAUAUUGUGUGUAAACAGGAAACUCCCUGAGUGGCUGCAUAAUUUAUACAGAUGUCUGAAAACGUGUAUAUAGAUUCGCUUGAUUUAAAACAAGAAUGAAGAAAUACGAAGGCAGCGCCUAACUUUAGACUCUAUGCUACUUGGAAAUGAAUAAAUUCUUGAUGUUUUGCAAUUA